GGAGUGCCGAAGAAGUGCCUGAGACAAAAACGAUUUCCGAAGACGAAUUCCCCGAAGACGAAUUGCGCCCCGAAGACGAACUCCCCCCCGAAGACGAAUUCCGAAGACGAAUGCCCCGAAGACGAAUUGCCCCCCGAAAACGAAUUCCACCCCAAAGACGAAUUCCGAAGACGAAUUCCCCGAAGACGAAUUGCGCCCCGAAGACGAAUUUCCCCCCGAAGACGAAUUGCGAACCCCGAAGACGAAUUACGUCCCGAAGACGAAUUCCCCCACGAAGACGAAUUGCGAACCCCGAAGACGAAUUAUAUGUUCCCAAGACGAAAUCCCCCACGAAGACAAAUUUCGAAGACGAACUCACCGAAGACGAAUUGCGUCCCGAAUGCGUCCCGACAACGAACUCCCGACGAAUUGCGAAGACGAAUUCCCCGACCUAAGACGCAUAGUGAAGACGAAUUCCCCGAAGACGAAUUGCCCUCCGAAGACCAAUUCCCCCCCAAAGGCGAACUGCGGAGACGAAUUCCCGAAGACGAAUUGCGACCCGAAGACGUGCUUCCCCCGAAAACGAAUUGCGAAGACGAAUUCCCCGAAGACGACUUGCGCCCCGAAGACGACAAAUUGCCCCCCCCGAAGACGAAUAGCGAAGACGAUUUCUUCGAAGAUGAAUUGUGGUUCCCGAAGACCGAUUCUUCCUCGAAAGAGGAAUUGCGACGACGAAUUGCGCCCCGAGAUGCCAUUGCAAGGAUCCUGAAGCGGAUCAAUCGACAUUCGAAGGCCGUCCGAAGCCCUUUGAUGAUCAACUGCGAAAAGGUUCAGCGGCGGCCGGUCAUGAGCCCAAAACCCACAAGAAAGAGUGGUGCUUCUGUUGAACACCAAAUGUCUGAUCUCAUUCGUAGACGCCGUGAUGGCCCUGCGGGUUCGAUGCCUAGCGCUGGGCAGCAAGUGCCUGCGGCUGGUGAGAGCGCUGCUGAGGAGCGGCUGGCGGAUGACGCAGCUGUGGCGGCUGAUGAGCGUGCUGCAGGAACGAAGGUGAAGGCGACGUUGGCCGGAGACAAGGAGGUCUACAUGGCGCUUUCUCCUACUGGAGUUAUCAUUGGGGAUGAGGGCACGGAGCCAAUUGUCCCAAUGGGCCUUUUGACCACGGUGCUGGGUUGCGAGAUUUCAUGGGGCACACAAGGCCUAGAAGUUCUUCAUCCUCAGUGGGGAAGGCUGGAGGUGACGGUGGAGGAUGGAUGCCCAGUUGUUUUGCAAGAGGUGGCGAUGAAGUUGAUCCAGCAGAUCGAAAGCAAGGCCAAGCACAUGGCAAAGAUUUUGAAAAUGGACACAAGCUCGGAGGCAAUGUGGCUUCGGAGACUGGUGGAAGAGCAUCCAGCAUUCCAAGGACAAGAUGAUCGAUACACCUUGAGCAGAGCUUUUCAUGAGGUGGGAGGUGAUCGCAGACUUCUUUGUGAACUGGACGUGCUGCAUGAAAAGAAGUCCAGUGAUCUCUCGCCAGCUGGCGAUGCCUACCCAUUGCUUCUCAGAGCAGCGUUGGAUGGUUGGGUCAAAGCCUGGGUAGGAUCGGUGUUGCGGCAUAUGGAGGUUCCGGGGGAGGUGAUGCCUCGACCACUGCGAGGAUGGAAUGGUGCAGAAUGGGGCUUGGAGGGGUUAUCCAGUCUUGAGAAGAGCCAAGUUCAAGGAGAUGACGUUUUGAUGUUGAGGUUUUUGGUCCUCUUUGUUGUCUCAGAAACAGUGCGCAGAGCAAAUGGCACAGACCAACCCACCACGCUCAUCUUGGAGCAGCCUGCACCACCGGAGGAUAAGCCGGAAGUGGUGUCAUUGUGGAGGAAGCUAUCUCGUUGGCCCGCACUUCUGAUGAGAGCUAUGGCAAUUGGCUUGCAGACAUGCACCCUUGGCGAACAGAUCAAGAUGAGAGCUGUCUCCUGGCAGGAACAUGUAGCAGCUGGACACACGCCAUUUCGCAAGGAGUGUCGUGUUUGUCAAGAAGCAAGUGCACAAGACGCCAAGCACCGUCGCCAACAUUUACCACCCAAAGCCGGCAUCCUCAGUGUGGACAUCACAGGUCCCUUUCGUCAGGCUCCAGAUUUAAACAAAAGGCAUGCCAAAUACCUGCUGGUAGCAUGUUUUACCUGGCCUGCGCGAAGCAACUAUGUGCAGGAGGAAAAGGAUGAGGACUUCAACGUCCCUGAUGGUGCCCCAGAGAUUGAAGAUCAAGGUGCCGAGAACAUUCCGGUUCUAGAGGAUGAACCGCCUGAGCAAGAGGUUCAUCAACAAGAAGAAAGGAAGGAGCCAGAGGAAGGCAAAGAUCAGAAGGAAGAGGAGUUGAGAGAGGAGGAGAGGCAAGACAUCAAGAUCGAAGUCACAAAGAUGUGUGAGCCAAUUUCCUCGAGAUCAAAGGAGGAGAUCACCAAGGCCAUCACCAACAUGUACAUGAGGUUGAGGGCCGACGGGUAUGUAGUGACCCAGUUGCACAGUGAUUUGGGCGCUGAGUUCAAAUCGAAGGCGCUGGAAAGCUGGUGCCAGUCCCGCACCAUUCUUCACACCUAUACACCUGGAGAUCAGCCCCAAAUGAAUGGAAGGUGUGAGGUCACAGUGAAACACCUGAAGGCUGCCAUAAGGAGAACGUUGCAUGGCGCAGGUGCUCCUUUUGAGCGCUGGCCCUUGGCAGCCAGGUUCAUCAACGAGAAGCUGCGUCAGAAACAGGUUGGAAAGGAACAGAAGACACCACCGUUUUUGUCUGAGGUCUUGGUGAGGAAAAGAUUUUGGAGAAUGAAGGAGUUGGAGCCAACACAAGAACGAGAGAGAAGGAGGUUGCGUCACAAGGCAUCAGUCUACAAAAUGGAGGCGGAAGAAGAGGAGGGCGAUUUGGGCACAGAGGGCAUGAAGGUGGAUGUUGAAAAUACAACAGCAGUGGAGCAGGAAACCUCUCAGAUCAGACGACAAGAAAGAGUGAGGCGUCUGAUUGAGGAGGAGAUGGUUGAAGCCAUGGAAGAUGAUCAGCAAGUGGCAGGAAUGGUCCUUGACUCCAUUGGAAGCUUGAAACAGCUGUUGGGCCCCGACAAAGGCGAAGAGAUUCUCCAAACCCGGAUUGUCUUGCAGGCGGAGGUGAGAAGGUCGAUGGAAGAAUGGCGACCAUCAAUUGAGAAGGAACUCACUUCGUUGUUUGAGACAAAGGGAGCUCUCAGAAGAGUCAGCGAGUCAGAGGUCAACAAGCUGGUGGCGGAAGAUUUGGCGGAGGUCAUUCCUAGCAAAUUGGUUUUUACUGUGAAGCCUGACCAGUCGCAGAAGGCUGGAAAGAAAAAGACUAGGCUGGUCGCCUGUGGCAACUACUCAGAUCGCGAAGAGUCACAAGACCUGUUUGCUGGUGGAGCCACAGCUGUGGCACUCAGAGCAGCUUUGACCAUUGCAGCUCAGAUGGGAUUUCUUGGAUCAGUCAUGGAUGUGCGCACAGCCUUUCUCAAUGCCCCCAUGGUUUUGAACAGUCAGGAAGGUCAGUCACCGAAGAGGGCUUUCAUCAAGCCACCAGCUCUUUUGGUGGCGGCUGGCUUGGCGAAGCAUGGGGAGUACUAUGAAGCGAUUAUGGCGCUCUAUGGAUACCGUGAAAGCCCUCGCUUGUGGUCUGACUAUCGCGAUGUGGAGAUGUCCAACAUGGAGAUCGAUUGUCAAGGAGGUGCCUUGACACUACAACAGAUGAUCACAGAACCCAAUAUGUGGAGGAUGAUGCUCAGACAGCCAGGACCUUUUGGAACAACGCAAGCCGAAGAGUUUGUGGGGUUGGUCCUUGUGUACGUGGACGAUCUGCUUGUCCUGGGUACGUCUGAGGCCAUGAAGGCCAUGAUCUUGGCGGUGAGGCAGAAGUGGGAAACAUCAGAACCUGAGUGCAUCGGCAUCACCAAUGAGGAACCGGAGGUUGUUGACAAUCCAGAAGAAAAGACGGCAGCGAAUGUCAAGGAGGCACAGAAGGUGGUAGGAGAGCUGGUUUGGAUCACUGCAAGAACACGUCCAGACCUAGCUUUUUUUGUCUCCAAGUUGGCCUCUAUGAUCACAAAGUCCCCAUUGCAGGUGGUUUCUUUGGUGAAGUCGGUUUGGCAUUAUUUAGCUGCGACCUGGUCACAUGGUCUGGUGUUCAAGAAUGAGGAGGGCGAACGACAGUUGAAUGUCUUCACGGAUGCCUCCUACAGUGAUGUGUCAUUUGGGCAGCUUCAACAGCGGAAGGCGGCUUCAACAGCGGAGUCAGAGCUGGUGGAGGUCUUGGAGGGAUCGUUGGCUGGAGAUGCAGUGAAGGUGGUUUUGGAAGAGGCGCUGGAUGUGGUGGCUCGAGCUUUUUCUUUCACUGAUUCAUCAGCAGCGGUGUCCAUCAUUGCGGGGGAAUCUGGGUCAUGGAGAACGAGGCAUCUUCGGAAAAGGGCAGACAUUUUGCGGUCCAAGGUGCUGUCAGGUGAAUGUCUUUUGAGACAUGUUCCAGGAGCAGAGAUGCCAGCAGAUUUGGGAACCAAAGUUUUGUCAGUGCAGAAGUUUAACCAACACAAGGAGGCAAUGGGAAUGUUUGUUGGAAUGCUGGGAGCAGUAGAGGAGAAUCAUCCAAAGGUAUCACAUCAAGCAGGGAUUUCACAGAAGGCCAAGGAGAAUGCAUUGAAAGCUAUCAUUUUGAUGACGAAACUUGCUCUUCCGAAGGGCGAGGAAAUUUCCACUGCUUUGAUUGUGAGUGAUUCGCAACCGAUUUUGCCGAAUGCCAGCGACAGAAAAGGUUUUCCAUCUCUUAUUGUGUUUGUGGCUGUGAUCUUUUGCAUUGGAGUUUUGGUCGGCGUUAGCACGGCUGGUGCUGCUUCAGGCGUUAGCACGGCUGGUGCUGCUUCAGGCGUUAGCACGGCUGGUGCUGCUUCAGGCGUUAGCACGGCUGGUGCCGCUUCAGGCGUUAGCACGGCUGGUGCUGCUUCAGGCGAUAGCACGGCUGGUGCUGCCUUGCGCGCUUCGCGAGCUGCCGACCCCAAUCAUAGCACGGCUGGUGCUGAUUCAGGCGUUAGCACGGCUGGUGCUGCCUCAGGCGUUAGCACGGCUGGUGCUGCCUUGCAGGGGCGCGAGCUGCCGACCCCAAUCAAAGCACGGCUGGUGCUACAUCGGGCGCUUCAAGAGCUGCUGGCUCGAGCGGCGGCACGGCUGGUGCCUCUUCAAGCUCCAGAAGCGCAGCUGCCGCUGGCGGCGGGUCGAAUGAUCCUGAAGCGGAUCAAUCGACAUUCGAAGGCCGUCCGAAGCCCUUUGAUGAUCAACUGCGAAAAGGUUCAGCGGCGGCCG